UGCAUCGAUAUCUUUCUUAUGAGUUCUGCAAAGCGAAGUGCAUUAUCAGCAAUUAGAUCAUCCCUAAACCAGAAAUCCACUUCAAGAGCUACAAUAACUUGCUCGGAAUUGGAGACUCUUUUGUCUCAAUGCCAUACUCCGCGCUUCUUUAAUCAGAUUCUGUGUCAAACCAUCUGCUCUGGUCUUAUUAAAGACACUUAUGCUGCUAGCAGAAUUCUCAAAUUUUCCACCGACUCAUCGUUUAUUCCAUUUGAUUAUCCUCACAAAAUCUUCGCCAAAAUUGACAACUCAAAUGGGUUCAUCUGGAAUACAAUGCUGAAAGCUUUUGUCCAACGGAACAGACCAAAAGAUGCAAUCUUUCUGUACAAAUCAAUGUUAAAGAAUGGUUAUAUGUUCAUGGACAACUAUACCUACCCCAUCUUGAUUCAGGGCUGCUCUCUCCGUUUCUCUGAAUUCGAGGGGAGAGAGGUGCACGAUCAUGUUGUCAAGAUUGGUUUCUGUGGUGAUGUUUACGUUGUAAAUAAUUUGAUAAACAUGUACAGCGUGUGCGGGCGAGUUGAAGAUGCCCGAAAGGUGUUCGAUGAAAGUCCUGUUUUGGAUUUGGUUUCCUGGAAUUCAAUGUUGGCUGGAUAUGUUUUAGCGGGGAGCGUUGAGAAUGCGAAGGUGCUGUAUGCUCGAAUGCCUGAGCGAAACAUUAUUGCAUCAAACUCUAUGAUAGUGUUGUUGGGGAGGAGUGGUAGGUUGAGUGAGGCGCGGGAAUUUUUCGAGGAGAUGGAUAAGAAGGAUGUGGUAUCUUGGACUGCUAUGAUAUCUUGUUAUGAGCAGAAUAUGAUGUAUAAAGAGGCCUUAGAUGUGUUCUUGACAAUGUUUAGGAAAGGAAUUAGUGUUGAUGAGGUAGUCAUCGUGUCUGUGCUUUCAGCUUGUUCGCAUUUGACGAGUGUGAGAAUGGGGGAAUCAGUUCAUGGUUUGGUUGCAAAAGUUGGUUUUGAAUCUUAUAUAAAUCUACAGAAUGCUCUAAUUCACAUGUAUUCAAGAUGUGAGAAUGUCUCAGCAGCGGAGAAGUUGUUCAAAGCUGGUUGUGUUUUGGACUUGAUAUCUUGGAAUUCUAUGAUAUCUGGCUAUGUUAAGUGUGGAUUGGUUGAGAAGGCUAGAGAGUUGUUCGAUAGGAUGCCUGAGAAGGAUGUUGUAUCGUGGAGUUCAAUGAUAUCAGGCAAUGCGCAACAUGGUAACUUCUCUGAGACAUUGGCGUUGUUUCAUGAGAUGCUGCAUCAAGGUGUUAAGCCUGAUGAGACCACUCUCGUGAGUGUCGUUUCAGCGAGCGCUCAGCUUGCUGCUCUCGACCAAGGAAAGUGGGCUCAUGCUUACAUACGGAAGAGUGGGAUGAAGGUUAACAUUAUUCUUGGCACAACUCUUAUUAACAUGUACAUGAAGUGUGGAAGUGUGGAGGAAGCAAUGGAGGUUUUCGAUGGGAUGGACGAAAAGGGAGUUUCUUCUUGGAAUGCUCUGAUCCUCGGCCUGGCAAUGAACGGGCAAGUUGAAAGGUCACUUGAGAGGUUUGAGGAGAUGAAAAGAUGUGGAAUGGUGCCAAAUGAGAUAACUUUUGUGGCUGUUCUUGGUGCUUGCCGGCAUAUAGGUCUGGUAGAGAAGGGCCGUGAGUAUUUUGAUUCGAUGGUGAAAGAUUAUGACAUUGAACCUGGCAUUAAACACUAUGGAUGCUUGGUAGAUCUUCUUGGGAGAGCGGGGUUGCUUAAAGAAGCAGUGGAAGUUAUUGACACGAUGCCUAUGCCAGCCGAUGUUGCUACUUGGGGCGCUCUGCUCGGAGCUUGCAAGAAACAUGGUGACAAGGAAAUGGGAGAGAAAUUAGGAAGGAAACUUAUCGAGCUUCAGCCUGAGCACGAUGGGUUUCAUGUAUUAUUGUCGAAUAUUUAUGCCUCUAAAGGGAACUGGGAGAACGUGGAGGAGAUAAGAGACAUUAUGGUGAGGCAAGGUGUGGUUAAAACCCCAGGUUGCAGUAUAAUCGAAGCCGGUGGUGUUGUGCAUGAAUUCAUGGCUGGAGAAUCACACCCAAGGAUUAAGGAAAUUGAGGCAAUGUUGGCUGAAAUGGUUAGGAGAUUAAGGAGCCUAGGUUAUGCACCGGGUACAGAUGAGGUUCUGCUUGAUAUAGAUGAAGAAGAGAAGGAAACAAAUCUGUUUAGACAUAGCGAGAAGCUGGCAAUUGCCUUUGGCUUGUUUGCAACAAAUGCUCCUGCACCGAUAAGAAUAGUUAAGAAUUUGAGAACCUGCAGUGAUUGUCACGAAGCAGCAAAAUUGGUGUCCAAAGCUUUUGAUCGUGAGAUUGUGGUGAGGGAUCGGCACAGGUUCCACCAUUUCAACUGUGGUUCUUGUUCCUGCAACGAUUAUUGGUAGCAGAUGCCUAUAUGGCGUGAUGCCAAAUGCAAGGAUUGAUUAUGAUUUAAGGAGCAUUCUCCAAGCUGACCGAGAGUGCGUUCAUAGUUACUGCACGAACAUUGCUGGGAUUGCCAAGAUUAUGACACAAUAUGAAGAUACGAGGCUUUGCAGUGAACAAGAGCCUGGCCACUGAGUCAAGGUUACAUGUAUUUAUGCCUUAAUGCUCAUCAUAAUUUGGGUGUAGCAUCAAUUUAGAAGUAGUGUGUUAUUGUAUCAAUUGCCCUCUGAAUUAUUCUUCACCAAGUCUAGCACAAUCUUCACUUUUUGGAAUAAUUUCAUAAAUCAUAAUGUGUGUCAUUGUAUCAUUUUCUUUGCUCAAAAAGUGAGCAUAACAAUACAAAAUAUGCACAUGCUUCGCAGGAAA